GGCUACUCACCUGGUGCUGGCUCUGCGGCCACCUUGGCACAGGAGCCAGGGCUCGCACGCCGCGGAGAAGCCCCCGGGAAAACCCCCGCGGGCUCGUCCGCAGACCCUGCCCAGAUCAAUGAUGCUGUUUGGAAAUAUUUCCCGGCAGUUGUGUGGCUUAAAGAAACUCCCGUGGUCAUGUGACUCCAGAUACUUCUGGGGCUGGUUGAAUGCAGUGUUUAAUAAAGUGGAUCACGAUCGUAUCAGGGAUGUCGGCCCUGACAGGGCGGCGUCCGAGUGGCUGCUGCGCUGUGGGGCCAUGGUACGCUACCACGGCCAGGAGAGGUGGCAGAAGGACUACAACCACCUGCCCACAGGCCCUCUGGACAAGUACAAGAUUCAGGCGAUUGAUGCCACUGAUUCUUGUAUCAUGAACAUUGGAUUUGAUCACUUGGAGUGCCUACAGCAUGUUGAAAAAAUAAGGCUAUGCAAGUGUCACUAUAUUGAAGAUGGCUGUUUGGAGAGACUUAGUCAACUUGAAAAUUUACGAAAAAGCCUAUUGGAAAUGGAAAUAAUUUCAUGUGGGAAUGUCACAGACAAAGGUAUCAUUGCUUUGCAUCAUUUAAGAAACCUCAAGUAUUUGUUUUUAAGUGAUCUUCCUGGAGUAAAAGAAAAAGAAAAAAUUGUCCAAGCCUUUAAGACAUCACUGCCUUCUCUGGAACUAAAAUUGGACUUGAAGUAAAAUAAUAAUAUUCAGUAAGUGUCUUAUUUCAAUUUAAAGUAUCACUUGAAAUUGUUGGUCCUGAACAGCAACAAAUCUUAUAUAAUCAUCAACAGAACUGUAAGGAUGUUACAUCAUGACAUUCUAGAAGCAGAGCCCAUCAUGUAGAAAAUAAACAUUCAGACAUGAUUCACUGAAGUACUAAGUUGGAAGUGAGAAUUUAUGUACGUUAAAUCAUUUUAAGAAAAAUGAAAACCAGGUACUAUUUUAAUUCUAAUAUAGUCCUCAUUUUGUAUAGAUAUCUGUACAGGUAUCUCUUGAUGUAGACAUUUUAAAAUGAUUCAAAUGUACAACACAUUCUUUAACAGUAGUUUAUGUUAGAUUUUACUUUAAAAUUAUUGAAGCAUGUUACUAUAAAUGUACAAUUAUGAAGAAUUUAAAGCUAAAUUUCAGAUUUAUUGAUAGAGUCAAUUAUGCAGAGCAGCCGGGGUUGCUGGGGCAUUCACACUGCUUGCCAGGACUUGCAUGCAUGUCUCAUGAUCCUGCAUUCCUGUGUUCUUUAUAACAUCCAUCCUUUCUCUGAAUGAACAGUUUCUGGCUAAUUUGUCUAUAUUGUAAGCUUGAUCUGGUGUUUUAUUAAAAUUAAACAUGAAUACUUGGCUGGAUUCAAAUAGUUUUGCUGAUUGCAGUAAAACCGAGGAGACAAUCAUGGAGACUAGCAUAGCCAUGCUUUUUGCUUAAAUUAAAAAAUUACUUUAUACAGAAAAUUUUAACAUGUUAAUUAGAAGCUCAUUUUUAUUCCCUCAUGUAUGUUGGAUACUACUUCCCAUGCGCUCCAGGGACAUCAUGCAGAAGUAUAAGCACAAAAUUCUCUUUACAUCUAGAAAGCAGUGAUGAAGAAUAUCAUAAAUAGACAAAAACCAACCUAUAUUUGUACCUGCUUGCAAUGGCCCUGAUUUGGGUAUUAUAUGCCAACUUUUGUGGAUUUCCAUAUGUUUGAAUAUUAAUCUGUUGAAUAUAACCUUGACUGGAAAUAAUUUUAAAAUAAAUCCUUUCUGUGAUGCAACA